CUCUCAAUUGAAAAAUAAAAAUAAAAAUAAAAAGCCACGAUUGCCGAUCGUAGCUACCAAUUACUCACUCGCUCCGUAACGGCUCCGGUGGCCGAACUCAAAAAUAAAAUUUGUUAAGCGCCAAAUCAAAAUUUUACAACACAAAAUAACAAUGCUUAUUAAUCCUUCUUUUUGGCGCCGUUUUGGGUCCCCAAUUUGAAUCCUCUCUCUCCCUAUCCAUGGCCGCCUCUCCAGCCCUAAGCAACAACUCCUCCGACACCGCUACCGCCACCAUCACUUCCACCGCCGCUGCACUCUCCCUUGCCCCCUCUUCCACCACCGCCGCCGCUUCUACUGCCACAACCUCCGUUCCCUCCGUCAUCCCGGCUGUUAACCCCCUCCAUCGUACGGACACGCCGCCUAAGACUCUUCGCGGGCUUAAUAAGCCUAAGUGUAAGCAGUGCGGCAAUGUCGCUCGCUCCAGGUGUCCAUAUGAAUCAUGCAAGAGUUGCUGUGCGAAAGCUCAAAAUCCAUGUCAUAUUCAUGUUUUGAAAGCAAAUGCAAUUUUUCCUGAUAAGGCACCAACUUCAAGCUCUCCUUUAUUUGACCAGCAGUCUACUGAUGCAUCGUCAUCAGGGAAUUCACAUAGAGUGGCAUCAUUUCGGCAUCUUUCAAGCACUUUUUCUCAAUUCAAUAAUGUGCAAAUUCCGCUGCGUUCAAGGAAGCCAUUGACUAGAAAGGAUGCUGCAACGAUAAAUGAAUGGAGAUUUUCCAAGUUAAAAGAAUACAAGGAAAGAAGUAUUGAAGUGGAAAAUGAAUCUUUUGAUCGAUACAUGCAAAAUGUCAACUUAUUGGAGGAACUAUUUUCAGUGAAAAGUAGUCCUGACAGAUCAAAUGAGGACGAGUCAUCUAUACCAAACCAUAACCUUGCUUCCAUGGAAAAUGACAAUGAUGCUGCAUUCUCAGGAUUGAAGUUGAAGAUGAGAUCUAACCCUUUGAGAACUAGUAACUUCAGAAAGAGAAUACAUCAGAUUGUUGAUCGAGGAUUAAAAAAGCUUCAGAAGAGUGAGUUGGAUGACUGUGAUAAUGGACCAGUUGAUCCAAAGGAGUUGGACAAAGGGCCCAAAAGUGAAGAAGAGUUGUGGGCUGAAAGGGCUUCAACUUUAAAUGAUCUUGUUGAUAAGCUAAACAAAGCCCGAAAUGAGGAGGAUUUAAAAUCUUGCUUGGAGGUAAAAUCUCAGCUUUUUAAUCAUCAUAAUAAAGAGAGUCAAUUAGAGUCUGGGGAUACAAAGUUAUUGACUGAAGAGACUGCCAAAAAUGUUUUGGAAUCAAAUAGAGAAGUAAACUUUUCAUUGCCAUCAUUGAUUACUACAACUGAAAUAGAUCAAGAGACUAUAAGACAUGUGGAUGCACACUUCUCUUCCCUUGAUCAGAUAGAAAGUCUAUAAUUAGAGGUUAGAGAUAAGACUUGGAACAAGAUUUGGAUUGUAGAUUAGUCAAUUGGGGAGGAUUAUAGGGUUAGGAAAAAGAAGAAAGAAAGAAAGAAAAGGCACACCAUUCUCAUGUAAUUUCAUUUUAGAAUGCAUAUGUUUUAGUUCCAUAAAUUAAUGUGUUUAUAAGUAGUUGAUUACCUCCAAUUUGUAUUUCCUGUUUGAAUGUUACUUAGAUACACUGAUUUUCUCAUUUAUUCCUUUAAAUGCGAUAUAUGACCACCAUGAACUGCAAAGCUGGAGUAGCAUACUUGUUCUGAGUAAAUUGUUCUUCGGUGAAUUGCGUACAUAUUCAUCAUAACAAUGGGCUUGUAUUUUAUUUCAUAUUGGUCUCAAUGUUAGAUUGAACUUUCGAUC